UAUAUAUAUUGAUAAACAUUUGUAACUUCCCUUCUUCAUGGAGUCUAUUUUCAAAUUCAAAUUGCCAUAAUUCCCCCAUUCAUCCAUCUGUCCAACCUUUUUCUUCACUUGUCUUUCAUCAUUUCAGGUGCCUCUCUCUCUCUCUCUCUCUCUCUCUCUCUCUCUCUCUCUCUCUCAAAAUGUGCACUCCAUGGACGAUAAGGGAUUGGGCAACAUGUUUCUCUGCAUGCAAGUUUCCAGUAGAAAAUGAAGAACCCGAUACUACUACAUUUUGCUAUUCAUCAGCUCAAGUUCCCAAUGGAGCCAUGGGUUUUACCCGCAGGAGGAGCAGUAAUGACAACAAAAGCCAUGGAAUCAACAAAACGGGAUUACAUGAAAACAAAAGCGAUCAAGAGAGAGAAUCAACAGAAUCCACCGAUGAAGAUUACAUUGUUUUCUGUUUCAGAGAGGAUGGAGCGAUUCAUGUGGUCAAGGAUGGAGAAACGGAAGCAUCCGAUCAGAUCGAUCGAGUGAACCAGAGUUCAACAAGGCAUGUUAAUCACAGGAAAGUUUGCAGCAGUAGCCAUGAUUCUAUGUUAAAUGAAGAUGAAGCAACGACAAGUGAAAUAGACUCUAUCAUCUGCAAUAAAAAGGGGAAAGAAAAAUGGAGCAUUAACUUGGACACGGCACCACCAACGGCUGCGCUCAGUGGGAAGAACCAUAUUGAGGAGAUUAAAGUGUGCGAAACUUUGACUGCAAAUUCAAGUGAUUCUAAUCAAUCAGAUAGCAGCUCUGGUUCUUUUGCCUUCCCAGUAUUGAGCUGGGAAGGGAUGGAGAGUCCUGCGCAAAUGCCAAAACCGGACGCCCUCCAGUUGCGGAAGCACCACCAAAAGGCUGUCCGGGCUGCGCUUCUUCAAUGUUGUAGAUUCUGAAAGUCGCAUCUCUCUCUCUCUCUCUCUCUCUCUCUCUCUCUCUAGAUUGAUGUAUUUUCUUGCGUUGAAGAUUGAACCAACAGAACAUGAAGUAGCCUGUUGAUACAAUCAGACUCUGUUUUAACACAAAACUACCUACCUCUGUUAAUCCUGUUUCAAGUGCCCUCUUUAUGUAUGUUUGGUAGCUGAGAGUUUUUUGAUCAUCACAGUUCAUGGUUAGGUAAAUCUUGCUAGAAAAUAGUUGAAAAUUAAGAAGAU